GUGAGGUUGUAUUGCCCCCCCUUUGUAUGACGAGGCAUUCGCGCAUCCCGCCGGAUAGCCACUCACGGCAAUCCUGAGCUACCGAUUCUGCCUCGACCGAAGCCCGGGGGCGUCCUCUCGGGACUUACUGGCUGGCGUGGCCAAUAAAUACACGGCCAUGGCUAGCAGAUCAGUGGAUAGGUCUCUCGACAGCCUCGUGCUCCCCGACUUCCUCGAACAUGUCCGAAUCCCAGGCUUACCCCCGGCAGCAUAUUACAUCUCUGAUUUUAUCACGUCAGAGGAAGAGAGGGUCAUGCUCGAGAAAAUCGCCUCCGCGCCGAAGCCACGCUGGAAGCAGCUUACCCACCGACGACUACAAACUUGGCCAUCCGAUCUCGUAAAUGACAAGCUGAUCGAUGCCCCCUUGCCGGCCUGGCUAGACGAGCCAGUGGUGCGGCGUUUAAAGUCCAUCCGACUUUCGCCAGAUUCCGAGUCCGAUGUGUUUUCCAACAGCCCCCACCGGAAGCCGAAUCACGUCUUGAUCAACGAAUACCCCCCGGGGAUCGGCAUUAUGCCUCACAAGGACGGCGCUGCGUACCACCCAAUUGUGUGCACAGUGAGCCUCGGAGCCAGCCUCUGCCUCGAUAUCUAUAAACUUAAAGAGGACGGAACCCUAGAGACUAAGCCGGAAUGGAGGAUCCUGCAGGAGCCCAGAAGCCUGCUGAUAACUACUUCGGCUCUUUACACCGAUUUCCUUCACGGCAUCGCGGAUAUCAUGGAGGACGUAGAACUCGCGGAGAGCACUGUUGCCAACUGGAGUCUCCUUCGAUCGCCCAGCGACUUCGCAGAAGGUCGCAACACCCGGAAAACGCGCACUAGCUUAACGUACCGGGACGUUCUGGCCGUCUCGAAGCUUGGGGGCAAGCUCGGGCUCUUCAAGAAGAGGUAGUGCGCAGGUG